AUGGGUUCUGGUCAUAUAAAUCCUCGUUCGAAACUCCCUCCUCCGCAAAUUCCGAUUAAUCUGAGAUGGUGCAAUCGAGCCCUGCGGCCUUUAACGUCGAUAUACGUGCGACUGGAGAAGCACUGGAAGAUCUCUCCAUUACGAGAUGAAGAGUACAUUCAGCGGGCAUAUGGUGGCUGUGAAAGCUCCUUCAAUAGCAGCCAAAAUGGACGCAGGUCGAUGUCAGGGUCUGGGAACGCGUCCGACUCUGAAUCCGCGAAGGAAGAUCCUACAUGGGUUCCGGGUGAUGCGGUGCGAAAGCCAAUAAAACAUCGAUACUCUGGAAGAAAGGAACGUUCUCGCACAAAUUUCCGCUCUAAAGUUGUUGCCAGAAGUCCAGAAACCGAAAAGCUCCAACCUGGGCAGCUCGCAAUUGCGACCCCUUUGAUACUGGGAAAACGGCGAAUGGUUUCCUUUCCAAAAAUGUCGAGCAGUGUGGACAGCACAGAAAAUGAGAUGCCGCAAGCCCAAAAAAUGUUCUCUUAUUCGAAGCGCAAAUAUUUAGGGAGUAGCUGGAGCCUCAGUGAAAUAGCACAUGGGAUUGAAGAUACCUACAACGAUCCGUCCUACGUUGCAAUUGUGCAAACCAUUUUCUCCGCAUGGGAUACCUUUCUCAGGAUGAGUGAUCCUCAGCAAAGCAAACCUCAUAGAGGGGCAAAUUCUUUACUAUCAAUGGCCCUUAGUACAACAUCAAAAUAUAUUUUACAGGAGCAGGAGCGUGUCAACAGCCUAGAAGAAAAGGAUGAGGAGACAGAUGUCGCUGGGUGUAUCAUCACUGAGUUAGAAAAGAUGUACGCAAUGGGCGACAACGGAUGGAAACCACUAAAAGAACUUGUUCGAUCGCAUGGUAUCCACCUGAUGUGCGAGGCAAUCCGAAGACGGUGGCUCUCUCCUCAAUUGAGUCGACGGAUUGUCUUGCAAUCUUUUUCAUUACAAGCCCAUGACGCUGCAAGCGCUCUGUUAUCGGCCAUGCUAUCAAUAUCACCUGUCAUCCCACCUCCAAUUCGCCUGGAUUCCAAUUUAUUUAAGCCAAGCCAUUCGGUUGCAUUACACACUUUGGAAUCUUACGUGAGGCCCUCGGGGAGCUUCAGUAUAUUCUUCAGAGAAAUGGCAUCCUUACUCGACCGCGGCCGGUUACCAGCCGAAUGGAUAGCGACAGAUUCUAUGAAAUACUAUUUGACAGCUGCCUUACAAUCCCUUGCGGCUGAUGAUGAACACUCCUUUGCUUCAUUACGCCUCAUCACUUCGUCCAUACUAGCGGCUGCUGGCUCCAAGAGAACAAUUCCCGCCCAAGUGCUAAGCAACCUACGCCGGUCAAAACGAGGGGCCAUCCGAGUCCGUAAGAGCGAGUCCGAGCCAGGCUUUACUAGCUCUUUUUUAAAUCCAAAAGCUAGCUGUUAUGACCCAAUUUCUAUCGCCCUCAGCAACAGUAUUACAAGUAUCCUCACUGUGCUUUCUAGCUCACACUUUGCCAAAUCUGGAUUUGGAAAGGCAGCGGCCUCAACGAUGUAUAACUUGCUGUCAUAUCUGUCCACAAUCGUGCAGCGAGAUAUUGAACGAACUAUUUUGGACAAGGGCAAGAACAAGCUGAACUUACAACCAACCCGAGCGUGUGCCAUUUUGCUUUCAGACUUUUUGGCCAAUUUUUUGGGUAAUAGUCGCAAGGAGAGCCAAAGGCAAUCCGCAAUUUGCGCCUCACCAAUUCUACAUAAUCUUGGAUACUUAACUGCUAUGCAUACAAACAAGAAGGAGUUGGUAGAGGAGCUAGCCGACUUUAUUCUACAGGUAGCAAGAUGUCUAGGCAGGGUGCGGAAUGAUAACAGUUUCGAAGUAGCUAAGCGAUUCACCUUAGCAUUUAACACUUCUUCCGUCAAAAAGCACCCUAUUCUCCGCAUAGUGCUCAGCAAGGUGGCUGUUGAAGUUGCGCUGAAGUUUGCUGAGUCGACAUGCCUACAGGAACACCACGACUGGGCCUCGUAUAUCCAAGAUCAAGUGGCUGCUUGUGAUUUUAGCGAGGGUGAUAUGGAUGAAAUGCAACCGUUGACCCCCUCACUACGACGCACAGAAACUGGAUUUAGAUGGGAGGAUGGUAUUGGUGAAUGGGUUGCAAAGUCUCCUAUCUUGAGUCGAGCUAGAAGCUCGAAGUCUACACCACCAUUGCCGGACUGUACCGCCUUCACAUCUCAGCGUGGCAUGACUGGUCUUAAGAUGGAAAUAUCAGAUACCGAAGAGAGCGACUCAGGGUUCUCAAUGACAUCAAACCAAAACCGGGAUAACUCCAGCGUUUCAUCGGAGUAUUCAGACUCACCACCGCCCAAAAGGAAACGAUUAGCGGGCUCCUUUGGCGAUCAAAGCUCCAUAAGAGUGUCAGAAAGGGGCCAAAACAACAUAUGCUUCCCGCAACGUCAGGCCGCCAGACAUUGGAGUCCAAGCAUGGAUACUCAGUCAGACAAUGAAUCACGACAUUGUCAACGUGUACCCAGGAAACUUGUUUCUCCCACGACCAGUGGCCAUCAACGGUCGACUGGAGGAACACGAAUGCAUGUUAACUCAGAUAAUGUAGCUGUUGUGAUUGAAGUGCCUCGUAAACGGAAGCCAAAUGACUUGGGGGCUGUGUCGUUGAAAGAGCACAUCGUGUGUCGCAGGAAGCGUCGUGCUACAGAGCCAUUUGGAUCUAAGUCAUCGGCAUUUAACCUUACAGACAAGGAAGAAGAAAAUGAAGAAGACGAGGAAGAAGAGGAUAUCCUUAACCAUGCGCCAGCCCUCAGCCAACGAUUCCAGCACAGGAUACAGACAGCCUGUAGCCAGACCCAGAUCCGUCUCAAGGAGUUUAGAAGUGCUCGCCCUCGUCGGUCAGCAAGACUGUCUCUUGCAGAACGUGUGAUACCAUGUUCAGAUUCUAGUGAGGAUGAACUAAGCUUCUGCUGA